CCACAAAAAUUCACCGCAGGAGAAAAAAGAAGAAAAAAAAAAGGGCAUGGUGCCCGUGAGGCGAGAGGAGAUUGGGUACGUGUCCACAAACUACUGGCUGGAUCACUUCUCGGUACACCGGAAAAGAUCUCACUACUGCGGAUUUCCGCGGGGUUCCUCCUUCCCGUUACCCGCGAAGACGACGAGGCAUAGAAGCCCUAGACCUAAUGGCAGCCAUCUCUUCCGUCUCCUUCGCCUCGCUGCGGCAAGCCUCUUCGGGGAGGAGACCGACGCCCUCCGCCUCUGGAUCCUUCGCCACUCCGGCUUUCAGAGGCCCUCGACUCACACCCCCUAAGCUGCGCUCUCGAAUGGUGGUCCGGUGCGUCGCGGCCACAAGCGAUGUGCCACCCACUGUAUCAGAAACAAAGUUGAAUUUUCUCAAGUCAUACAAGCAACCUAUUCCGAGCAUAUACAAUUCUGUAUUGCAAGAACUCAUUGUGCAGCAACAUCUGAUGAGGUACAAAAGAUCUUAUCAGUAUGAUGCUGUCUUUGCAGUUGGUUUUGUCACUGUAUUUGAGCAGCUGAUGGAAGGAUAUCCUAGCAAUGAUGAUCGAGAUGCCAUCUUCAGAGCAUAUAUCCAGGCCUUAAAGGAGGAUCCUGAACAGUACAGAUGUGAUGCACAAAAGCUGGAAGAAUGGGCUCGUGCUCAAAAUGCUAAUUCAUUAGCAGAUUUUUCUUCGAGAGAAGGAGAGGUUGAAGAUAUUUUGAAAAAUAUUUCUGAACGGGCUCAGGGUAAGGGAAAUUUCAGCUAUAGUCGAUUCUUUGCAAUUGGACUAUUUCGUCUGCUUGAGCAGGCAAAUGCAACAGAACCAACGAUCUUAGAAAAGCUUUGUGCUGCCUUAAACAUAGACAAACAAAGUGUGGAUAGGGACCUCACUGUAUACCGCAAUCUUCUUUCAAAAUUUGUCCAGGCCAAGGAUCUUCUGAAGGAGUAUGUUGAUAGAGAAAAGAAGAAAAGAGAGGAGAGAGUAGAAUCUCAGAAGGCUAAUGAGGCUACCACUAAAUGCGUGGGGGGUUUUCAUUGUGCAAGGCAUCAGCAAGUCAAUGUUUUGACCUGUUCGAAAGCUUGAUGAAACUUCAGCUUGCUUUUCCUUUUAUCUUCACUGGAGCAAGGUGGAAACUUCAAGCAACUUUGAGCCAUAUAUGAAGAUAUGUUUCAAUUUAAUGUUUAUUAUUUCAGAGUUUGAGGAUCCAAAUGUAUCAUAGUUAUUCAGUUGCACCAAUUUUUAUACUUUUGUUUCAUAUACGUAUGUGUCAUCAUAAUGCUGGCUUUAUUAUUUGCAACAUGCAAAGGGCAUGUGGAUCGAUGUUCUCCAAA